AUGACCACCAUACACUUAACCGCCGGCCGGACAUUCGGAAUCCGUACGGUCGAGGUUCCUGCAGUUGCCUCACCGAAGGGCAAGGUUGUGAUCUUUAAUGGAGCCUCGGCCUUGACAAAGGCCGCCGUCUUUGGAGCCCUUGAGUCACAGCUUGUCGACCCCAGAACUCAGAUAAUCGACAGCUAUAUCAUGGGCAAGCCACCCAGCUCCGACCUGAUUGAACGAGAGCUGCGGUCAGUUUAUAUAGAGCAGGUGUUGAAGUCUGCAGAUGAAGGGCACCCGAUAGUUCUGGCAGCUUGUCUGUUGAACAACUCCGAGGGUCGGCGAGAGCUUGAGAAUAUCUUGUCCAUCUCCCGCAACAAGCAGGUCCCCCUGGCCUGGGUUGAUGCCGACUUUGAACCCAGAGACUCUGGAUGCUGCAGGCCUGAGAUUGUUUAUCGGGAAUCAUGCGUCGGCUCGGGUGCGGUGGGGACCAUACUUCCUUCAAGAACAAAAAUCGACUUGGAGGGUAUCGAACUGGUUACUCGAAUGUUCACUCCAGCGCACACUACGCAGCAAGCUGUGCAGGAGCUCUUGUACCUGAUGCGCUCGACCAGGUGA